AUGAUGUUGAUUGAUGACGAUAAUAAUUGGGAUGAUGAUGGUGGUAAUGUAGAUGAUGGUAACAAUGAUGGUGAUGAUAGUGAGGAUAAUGAAGAUGGUGAUAAUGAUGAUUCUGAUGAUGAUGAUCGCUAUAAUGACGAUAGUGAUGAUUACAAUGAUGAUGAUUAUGAUGAUGAUGAUGAUGGUAACAAUGACGGUGAUGAUUGUAGUGAUAAUGAUGAGGAUGAUGGUAACAAUGACGGUGAUGAUUGUAGUGAUAAUGAUGAGGAUGAUCGCUUUAAUGGUGAUGAUGAUAGUGAUGGUGAUGAAGAAGAUGAUAAAAGUGGUGAUGGUGAUGAUAAUAAUUAUGCUGAUGAUGAUUAUGAUGAGGACUUUGGCAAAUAUAGACCCAGGGGUGGGAAAGUGUAG